AUGUACAAUAGUGAAGUACUCUACUCUUUAUUACAUGUUAAUAAGGAAUUAAAUAGAAUCGUAUGUGAUUCUGUUUUUACGUAUCGAUUGAAUUUGCUAAGACUUGUUCCGAAUCAUUUAAUUGUGCUAAAAUCUUUAUCAAGAUGUUUUAUUUAUCCAUUACUUGAUUCAAUACUUAAUCGAUCUUGCUUACAAAUCUUACCUCAAAUAUGUGAUAAUAUCAAAUGGCUGAAUCUUGCAUCAUUUUCAAUAGCACGUCUUUUUUUUGCUGCAAAUUAUCCUAAUUUACAUGAAUUUGGUUUGUACAAUAUUGAAGCAGAAGAAGCUAUCAAUCUUUUUUCUGGUAAAAUAUUUGAUUUCGAUUCUUCUAAUGAUAAAUAUGAAUAA